ACUUUGAAGAAAGAGCCUGAGACAAUACGGGGACCAACGUCACCUUAUUAUAUUCGUUCACCCACUGUUUUAUAAAGAAUAUAGAAAAUGAACAAAUAGCUUUUCGGUGUCAAAGGUUUUUAAAAACUUUUCUCCUUCCUCAUCCUGCCUCUUUCCUCCUCGUCCGUGUUGUUUCAGCGUUUUCCACAGUAAAAAAAGUCACAACGUCUCUAUUUCUAGAGAUCUAUCUCUCUGGUUUCUCUGUUCUUUGUUUCUGUGAUUUUACAAGAGUUUGGAGAAUACUUGUCAAGCUUCUGUCAUCGUGGAGUGACAAAUAAUCCAAAGAAACACUUACUCGACCAAUCUGGUUCUCUAGGUGAAAGAAAUCGAAUUUUAAAGCAGAGUUUUUAGAUUUGUGAUAGUUUAAGCGAAAAGAUUAAGAGAUGGCAACACUAGGAGAUAUUGGAGUAGCUGCAACGAUCAACAUACUAACAGCCAUCAUCUUCCUAUUGGCGUUUGCAAUCUUGAGGAUACAACCUUUCAACGACAGAGUUUAUUUUCCUAAAUGGUAUCUCAAAGGUAUAAGAAGCAGCCCGUUACAUUCAGGUGCUCUUGUCAGCAAGUUUGUCAAUGUAAACUUAGGCUCUUACCUACGGUUCUUGAACUGGAUGCCUGCGGCUCUAAAGAUGCCUGAGCCUGAGCUUAUUGAUCAUGCCGGCUUGGAUUCUGCGGUCUACUUGAGGAUUUACUUGACAGGGCUUAAAAUCUUUGUCCCUAUAGCAUUACUUGCAUGGUCUAUUCUUGUACCUGUUAAUUGGACAAGCGACGGGCUGGAACUAGCAAAGCUACGUAACGUAACAUCUAGUAAUAUUGAUAAGUUAUCAAUCUCUAAUAUCGAACGUGGAUCAGAGAGGUUUUGGACUCACCUCGUGAUGGCUUAUGCUUUCACAUUCUGGACUUGCUUUGUUUUAAUGAAAGAGUAUGAGAAAGUAGCUUCUAUGCGUUUAUCAUUUCUCCAGUCCGAGCAAAGACGUCCUGAUCAAUUCACGGUUUUGGUUAGGAAUGUACCAUCGGAUCCAGAUGAGUCUAUUAGUGAGAGUGUGGAGCAUUUCUUCCUUGUAAACCAUCCAGAUCAUUAUCUUACACAUCAGGUUGUGUACAAUGCAAACGAUUUGGCGGAUUUAGUAGAGAAGAAGAGGAGUACACAGAACUGGCUUGACUAUUACCAGUUGAAAUAUACUAGAAACAAGGAUCAAAGACCAAUGAUUCAGACAGGGUUUCUCGGACUAUGGGGAGAGAAAGUUGAUGCCAUUGAUCAUUACAUAGCUGAGAUAGAGAAACUAAACGACCAAAUAACGGAGGAAAGAAAUAAAGUAAAAAAAGAUGACAAGAGUGUAAUGCCAGCAGCUUUUGUCUCUUUUAAAACACGUUGGGGUGCUGCGGUUUGUGCACAGACACAACAGUCUAGAAACCCAACCGAAUGGUUAACUGAGUGGGCUCCAGAGGCACGAGAAGUGUUCUGGUCAAACCUAGCGAUUCCUUACGUUUCUUUAACAGUGAGAAGACUUAUAAUGCACGUUGCAUUCUUCUUCCUCACUUUCUUCUUCAUAAUCCCAAUAGCAUUUGUUCAGUCCUUAGCAAGUAUUGAAGGCAUAGAGAAAUCUGCUCCUUUCCUCAAACCCAUCAUAGAGAAUGAUCUUGUUAAAUCAGUUAUCCAAGGUUUUCUUCCUGGUAUUGUGUUGAAACUCUUUAUAAUAUUUCUACCAAGCAUCUUGAUGGUCAUGUCCAAGUUCGAAGGGUUUGUAUCGUUAUCAUCGUUAGAGAGAAGAGCCGCUUUUCGUUAUUACAUUUUCAACCUCAUCAAUGUCUUCCUAGGAAGCAUAAUCACCGGUUCAGCUUUUGAACAACUUGAUUCUUUCCUUAAACAAUCCGCAAAUCAGAUCCCUAGGACCGUUGGAGUAGCGAUACCGAUAAAGGCAACGUUCUUUAUAACAUAUAUAAUGGUGGAUGGUUGGGCGGGAGUUGCAGGGGAGAUACUGAGGCUGAAACCUCUAAUCUUUUUCCAUGUAAAGAACUUUUUUUUGGUGAAAACUGAAAAAGAUAGAGAAGAAGCUAUGAACCCUGGACAGAUCAACUUCCAUGCGACAGAGCCUAGGAUUCAACUCUACUUCCUCCUCGGUCUUGUUUAUGCCCCGGUCACUCCUGUUCUACUCCCUUUCAUUAUAAUCUUCUUUGCAUUGGCUUACCUCGUUUUUCGUCACCAGAUUAUAAAUGUGUAUAAUCAAGAAUACGAAAGCGCGGGUAGGUUCUGGCCAGAUGUUCAUGGACGUAUAAUAUCAGCGUUGAUCAUCUCACAAAUUCUUUUAUUGGGACUAAUGAGCACUAAAGGAGCUGCUCAGUCCACUCCUUUCCUUAUCGCCUUACCGGUUCUAACUUUUUUCUUUCACCGGUUUUGCAAAGGCCGGUUCGAACCGGCUUUUCUUCGUCAUCCCUUGCAGGAAGCUAUGGUUAAAGAUACAUUGGAGAAAGCAAGAGAACCGAACUUUAACCUGAAACCUUAUCUUAAGAAAGCAUAUAUUCAUCCGGUUUUUAAAGAUGACGAAUAUGAUGAUGUUCGGUCUGAGAUUUCCGGUUAUUGCCUCGGAGAUACAGACGAUGACUGUGUUACUGUGCCGACCAAACGUCAGUCUCGGAUAACUACGCCGGCGGCUAGUCAUGCUAGCGUCGGUUCUUUGCGUUCACCAUCAUAGGGAUAAUCAGAACCAAUUAAUUUUACUUAACCGGGUUGGUUUUGAACGGUAUAGAAAACGAAAUCAACCAUGUUGGAGAUCUCUUUGUUUAUUCACUCAAGAUUUUGUAUAUUAGUACAAUUUAAUUUGGUUUUGACUUUUUGAGUUGCUUUUUCAGUAUUAAGAAAAAUAAAGAACGUUUCCUCAAAAAUACAGUAAAAUCGGCAUCGUCAUGGUGAUUGUAUAACAGCCGAUGGGCCAGCGGUUUAGCCUUUGUGCUACAUUGGAACUUUUGCAAAGAAAAAGGAGAAAAGAUAUUUGUUUCUAAACGAGUUUAUCUAUCCAAAUACCAAGUCAAACCGUACAUACUCGAGUGCUCUUAUAACAGCUUUAAGUUAGGUUAUGUCAAACUUUGAACAGCGAUUCAGCUGUUCUUGACGUAUUGAUCUUUGUGAAUUUUGUUAUAUUAACACGUUCUUGACGUAUUUAUCGUUGUAAAUUAUAAAUGUCGUAGUGACACAUUACUAAAUGCUAAACUAUAUACCACGGUUUUUCUUUGAUUUUUUAUUCAGUCUAUUCACUAAGAAUCAGUCGUUUUAACGUUUGUAAUAUAUAUAUCUUCAAACAUGUUCUAAUGUUUUCACCCAAAAAGAAAACGUAUGUUGUAAUGUGUUUUAGUUGAUGUGCAUUAUAC